CAAAACAUAAGAAAUAUCUACAAAAUCAGACCACAGAUAAAAACAACAUACAAGUGAUGGAUGAACUGAAAGUAAUAAAGUUUGCAGUUUUCAUGGAAAUCACGAAAUGCUGAUGGACAACAGAGGAUUUACCUGCUUUCAUCAAUAAUCAAUCAUCUGGAAUGUAAAACUAUAUUUAUUUUCGCUUCCGUUUUAGGGCAUUUCGGGGUUCCGGGUGAAUGUAACGUUCAGGGGCAAUCAGAUAAAGGUUGUUUUUAUAAAACCAACCGAAACAAAGGAAAAACCAGUGAAGAACAUACUUCCCGACACCAGGUGGCAGCAUUGAGUCAGUAGCCAGCUGAAAAAAGAAAUACUUCGAUAAGAAGAAGAAGAAGAGGAAGUAGAAAAAGCAACAUACGAUGACGUCAUUGUAAAGCGUCCAGCUAGCAACAUUAGCUCGCGCCUCGAAGGGGAGAGUGUUGGCGCCUCCACGCCUUCAGGCCGGUGGCUGAUUCACCCCGUUAGAUGGUCCACCGACCGGCCCGGUGCCGAAGACUCGUUCGCAUCAUCCCGACCGGCGGUCGUCAUGGCGGAGGAGUUGGAGGACCUGCUGACCGACGGGCCGCAGCGCAGCAAUGGCGGCUUCGUCCCGCCGGACGGCUUGUGCUGGGUGUCGGUGCUGUCCUGUCUGCUGCUGGCGUGCGCCUACGUGGGGAGCCUGUACGUGUGGAGGAGCGACCUGCCGAGGGAUCACCCCACUGUGAUAAAGCGGCGCUUCACCAGCGUGCUCGUGGUGUCCGGCCUGUCUCCGCUCUUCGUGUUGGCGUGGAGGGAGUUCACCGACGUCCGGACCGGCCCGUCGCUACUGGCUCUCAUGGGGAUCCGGUUGGAAGGCCUCAUCCCGGCGGUCCUCCUCCCUCUGGCGCUCACCAUGGUCCUGUUUCUGGGCCCCCUCAUGCAGUUGGCGAUGGACUGUCCCUGGAGCUUCAUGGACGGGGUCCGCGUGGCCUUGGACCCGUGGUUCUGGAUGCUGUGCCUCAGCGACAUGCGCUGGCUGAGGAACCAGGUGGUGGCGCCGCUGACGGAGGAGCUGGUGUUCCGGGCCUGCAUGCUGCCCAUGCUGGUGCCGUGUGCUGGGCCCCUGGCCGCCAUCUUCACCUGCCCGCUGUUCUUUGGCGUGGCUCACUUCCACCACGUCAUCGAGCUGCUGAGGUUCAGGCAGGGGACGCUGGCCGGGAUCUUCCUGUCCGCAGUGUUCCAGUUCUCCUACACGGCCGUGUUCGGGGCCUACACGGCCUUCCUCUUCAUCCGGACAGGCCACCUGAUUGGUCCGGUGCUCUGCCACUCCUUCUGUAACUACAUGGGCUUCCCGGCCGUCGGCACGGUGAUGGAGCACCCCCACCCCGUCGGCGUCCUCUCGUCCUACCUGAUGGGCGUCAUCCUCUUCCUGCUCCUCCUCUUCCCCUUCACAGACCCCUCCUACUACGGCCUGCCCACGCCCGUGUGCACCCUCACCCCCUCCCCCAGCGCCCUCUGCGGCUCCUGACCCCCCCCCCCCCACUCCUCUUUUAUUGUCUCGUUUCUUUUAUCCGUCAUGCUGCGUUCAGGGUCCAGGUGAAGUCGAUCUGACUCCUCGUGCUGUGACGAAGCUGAUGGUCCGUUCCAUUAAUGGAUCAAACCAAUGUCCCACUGACCGGGUCCUGUCCUUUUCCCAGCGUGGUACAUUCAUCACUGUUCACCAUCUUGGCCAAUAGAACCCGGCGGUGGCUCUGAUAAACGCCCUCGUCCUCAUAUCCAAUAGAAACGAGACCUGGCUGCCGGGUUCUGCUGGUCUCGGGGGUUCUGGUCGGGUUGUUGAUGGUGAGGCCGGACUAGUUCAGGUUUCUAUCGUGUUCUUAGAGUUAUUCGUUGCUGUGUCUCUGGACCUCGUUGACGUGGGUUGUUGGAGAAAUCUGGUUUUCCUUGUGGCCGCAGUGCAUUGUGGUCCGUGGAGGCUCGCGAUGACGAAACGAGGAAGUGCACCGACGAUGUUUUGAACCGCGAGACAUUUCUUCUUCUGUGAAGUGGACUCUGCUGGAGGCCGUCGGCGUGUUGAUGGCCGGUGGUUUGUUGUGACUGGGUAUCGAUGUGAGGCGUUCGGCGGUCCCCGUGUUGGUUUGUUUCAGGAGGUAGAAGACGCUCUGGGUGCUGCUGGUCCACGCAGAGGUGACCUCCAGUUUGAGUCCUGGAGAGUCUUUGUGGUCCAAUGGAGGAUCUCCUCCUGCGAGGUUCAGGACUGAAGGACAACGCAGCCGUGAUGUCAUCCGCCGGUCCGACCCGCCCGGCGCUGGAACGUGAGCAGCCGGUGUUGUCGGACUUUGUGUCAUCCAAAAUGCUUUGAUCUGAAUCUUUAGCUGGCGAGAUACGCUGAGUCAGCGCUACGCUGAGGGUCACACAUGCGUAGCAACAAUCUGACCAGUUCUUAACUGUCUGGGAUCACAAUCUGUCCCCUGAGUGGUGGGCAGCGCCCUCUACAGGAAGGGUUCCUAUUGGCUACUCGCGCUCCAGGAUGAAGCGUUUACAUAAAUGUGCUUCAGCAGAACUCUGUUGCAUUCAUGAAACCACCGGCCAAACCAACAGAAACACGGUUUAAGGAAGAGAUGCUUGUUGUUGUUGUGCACUAGUCCUCCAGACUACUGAGAGUCUGGUGACUCUCGUCCUCUAGAGGGCUUCACGGUCGCAUCGCGUUAUUUGAUUAAAGUGUCAAACUAGAAGCUGACGUGUGCGUGUAGCUGAUACUGUGAAGGAGAAGAAGCUGCUUCGGCUCUUCAGCAAUACGCUCUUGAUAUUGGAUCUCUUUGAUGGGACUGUGUGUCUGUUCCUUGUGAGUCGCGGCCAGCAGAGGGCGCCGCAGGCCGCUGAGGGGCCUCUGGCUCAGACUCCUUGUCCCCGUGGCUUUGGACCCAAUUGUGUAGAUUGUUCUUCAUCCGGAACGUGCUUCAGGUUGUGUCCGGUGGCUCGACUGAUCACACUCCACGGUUACUCGGAUGGGAGGCAGCAGUUUAUCAAGAAGUUUUUCUGAAAGUAUAGUUUUCUGAUUCAAGACCAGAGAUAUGCAAAUGUUUAAUGUCUCGUCGGGACGCGUUGCCUCUGCAUGUUGACGCUCUGCAGCCCACACACACACACACACACACACACACACUUCAACGGGAGCAUCUUCAGGACGGUGCGGUGCUUGGUCAAACCUCUGUCUGCAGGAAUGUUGGUGAAUAUUUCUUCCCCUUCAGGGUCUCUGUCAGUGUUUUGGGUUUUUUAUGUUAGUGGCUCAAUAAAAGUGUUUCAUUUAUGAAGAGUUAAUAACAACAAAGACCCCGUUAAACUUAUUUAUUUGUGUUUGUGUGUGUGUGUGUGUGUGUGUGUGUGUGUGUGUGUGUGUGUGUGUGUGUGUGUGUGUGUGUGUGUG